AGGACGUCUCGGACUAGGAAACAAAACACGGCAUACAGGGUAUUCAAUACAGCCAUGGUUUCAACACAAUCACUAUUCUUUCCAGUUUUAUUAGCCGCCAUGCUUGUGGCAGUUGGUGCAUUCUCGGCUUUCCAACCAAAGGCGCAAAUCCGAAAACAAAGAUCUCGAAAUCAUGAAAGUAAUUCAGGCGGGACAGAUCGCGCCAAUAAGUUACAUUUUAAAUCGCGGGUUCCCAAGCCAUUGGUCCGGGCCAACCUUCACAAGACCGUGGUAUUAGAGUGCGAGGCUGCGGGCUCACCUCCCCCAACGAUACACUGGUUAUUUAACGGAUCACGUAUUAUUCAGGGGGUAGAUAACUCCAUAAUAGAUGAGGAGGCAUCCUACGAGUCAACAGUCACCGCCAACAAGCACAUCAGCAUGCUCAAACUCAGCUCCACAAUCUCGCGGUUAUACGUCGACUGCGUCACGAAGGCCGAUGAGGGGCACUACACGUGCGUCGCGGAUAACCCCACGCAAAGAGUAGUCACCAACACCAAAUUAAAAAUCCAUAGAAAUGUUGUAGGUGUUGAAGACGGGUGCCUGGCGAAAAAGGACCAUGAGGGUAUUCCAGCCCGAGUGUACAUGUGGACCGUAAACCGCUUGGAAGUAGAGGGUGCUUAUGUACAGUUGUUCUGCCGGGCAUUUGGUUUGCCUAGGCCGGAGAUCACCUGGUUAGACAGAGAUGACAACUUAAUUACCCGUAACAGCAAUGACUACAGGCUUCUUCCAAAUGGUGAUCUUUUGGUAAAGGCCAUCACGUUCGACGCAAAAAUGGGGGUAUACAAAUGUGUAGCAAGAAAUGAGUUCGGCCAAGACAAACAAGAAACAUUCCUUUAUCCAGCCGGUGGUUUUUAACUUCUCGAUGGCUUAGGUUUAAUUAGAAGUCGGAUACGAUUCACUGCCAAUAAGUCGCAUUCCAGGAUCUCAUGUACAGAUACGACCAAUGUGUGUGUACGUGUACCAUGGAUACUUACUUAGUACGCAUACUGGGUAAACAGUAUUGAAGUGUAUGACUUAACACUGCCAGGCGCCAAAAAUGUAUUCCGGCAAUAGGGAGAGUAGUGGCAAGUAUGCGCAUGCCCAUCUCGCCAAGGUCAAGGACACGGGUGAAUGUUCAAGGACAUUCACGAUGGAUGGGAACGAGUGACACUGGAGAAUUACAUGUCUUUCUGCGCACUUGUAGUGACUCUGAACCCAGUGAUGUGCAUUGUGAAAGGCUAGUUUAGAUUCAUAUAAAGGACUUUAGAUAGAAUAUUCUGUUGUAUUACACUUGUUUAAAAGAGACUAAGAUCUGAGCCAAUGCUCAACAUAUGUUAUUCAUGUGUAAUGGUUACUGCCAAGUCUAACAUGUUGAUGUGAUUAUUGUAAUGGCUUUUAAGACUACCUCAAAACACGCACCUCUGGGGCUCCGGUUUUCUCCUACAAAAGAGCUGAUUGUCUGAGUUAAAAGUGGCUCUUUAACUUCGUAAUUCCAUAGUCAUAAGAUAACGCACAAGGUAAAUAGAUACCUAUUCUGACUGGACUAUUCUGAUCUAAAUGACUGGACUAUUUGGACCUACAAUGACUGAUACAAGAAAUAUUUUUGUGGCUCUAGAUCUGUAAGGUUAAGUGGUACACUAGCCCUGGUACAGUUAUAGCCUUGUGUACAUUCAUAAGCCAGCUGUGGGCUAGCUUACCUUGUAUCAACAGAGUUCGCAUAUCAGACCGGCUGGGGUGGAGGGGAUGAGGGGAGGGGGGCGUUCGGUUUACUACAUCUGGUAACGACAUCCUAAAGGAUGGGAUAGUUAUAUCAUAUCAUGAGACGAGAAUUUAUCACCAAAUGUAACAUCAUUUACUUACCCAUUACGUAUAUUUAGGCCUGUCGACCCCCACGAUAGCUGUUUCUUGGGGUCGACAUUAUUAUGAUUUGGCCUGAUAACCCUUUGAUAAGACAGUGAAACAAUGGGAAUAUAGGCCUCGGCGCGUGCGCUUUGUUUAAGGACAACAGACCGUUCAUUGGGCUAGGUGUGAAUUCAAACUAAUGGGUAAUUCUACUAGCUGCUAUAAUUAGACAAACAUGUAUGAGGUUUUUAAACUCUUCAAAGACAAUUGAUGAGCAAAGUCAUUUGAUGAACACACUCAGAUAAUAACCCAAAUCAAUAAUUUGAUCUUGAACAUAAUUAGCCGGGAGGAAGGGGCGAUAAUCGAGUCGGGGAAACUCGGCAUAUGCGGUGCCAAACUAACAGUCAUUUGAUGAAUUUAGUUGAAAGAAAAGUACACCCGUAGUUCCAUCUGGUAAUUGUUCACUUGUGCACUGAGUUCAAUUCCAGAGCGGCAAAGUGACCUUCAACUUGUCGUCAUGACUACAGACGAACUACACCUUGACGACGUGGUAUUCACAUUCUAUUUUGGGCUCCUGAAAAAAAAGAGAUCCCUCAUUUCAGAAUGUCACUGAAUGUGUACAGGAUGAAAGUGACCACCAGACGGAACAGAUUUCAUUUUAACAAAAUCUAUAAAACGACUGUUAUUAGUUUUUUCUUCUUGAAUUUGGCACCUCACUUGCCGAGUUGCCUCGGCAGUUGGGAUAACUCUCCCUCCACGAUGAGAAAAGUCGCUGGUAGCGGAAAGAAUUGCGUCUGAUCAAAUCAUAUAUACUCGUCACGUUAAUCUAUUAUUUAUUUAUUUAUUAGGUUAAUUUAUUGGACAGUAUAUCUGAACAGCAAAUAAAUA